AUGUGCUAUACAGGAGCUGCAGUAGUUACUAAAUUCGCCACUCUGUGGUCAGCUUCUUUACCCUCAAAUAUAAGCACACAAGGAGCAGAACUCACAGCUUUAAAACAUGCCUGUAUUAUAGUGAAGGAUAAGAGGGCGACAAUUUACACUGACUCCCAUUAUGCAUUCUGCAUAUGUCAUGCUGUUGGCAUACUAUGGGAUCAAAGGGGAUUCCUAACACCAGCUGGAAAAUGUAUUGCCAAUGUAAACCUUAUUAACGAACUUCUUUCUGCCCUCCAGCUCCCCGAAGCCAUAGCUGUUGCUCAUUGCUCUGCAUAUACACAUGGAGGGGAUACAACCAUUGCCAUGUUCAUCAAACAGUUACAGACUAAAGUGCGAGAACACCACAAUUCUGGAGCUGCUGUUCAGGCAUGCCCCAUAGUCUUCUCGCUUCACAAUCUAAACCCAGGUGACAGCAUGUACAUAAAGAACUUCAAACGUACUUGGUCACCUGAACUUUCUUAUGAUGGACCAUUCCAGGUGGAGCCGGCUGUACACACAUUAGAGGCUAUAACAGUUUUAUCAGGGGCUAUCCAUACUCUUUUAACAGAGUCUAGAAUGCCGUCUGGUUUCAGGCUGUCAGAGGCUGCAGGCUGUGCAGGGACCACCCAGGCAGUAUCUGGUCAAAACUGGGAGGCAGCAGGGCUGGGAGAAUACAGGAAAACAGUGGUAGUAGCAGCCAUGGGAACACUGGCUCAUGCAGAUGCAAGUGAGAAGUGUGCAGAAGAUAAAACACAACUUGUGAAAUUUAUCUACUCAAGUUUUUUUGAGCAUUCUUCUGAAAGAGGGAAACCUUGUGAAUAUCCAGAAAUAGAAAGUGGACACCUUUAUAAGCCAUAUUACCAGAGUGAGGAAUACUUUCGAAGAAGUUUUCCAGCAUCUAUUGGAAGAGAAUUAGACUACCACUGUGAUGACCAUUUUGUACCUGCACAUGGAACUAACUCAUAUCAUAGCUACUGGACAAGAUUUAAUUGUACUGAAGAAGGAUGGUUUCCAGUGCCAAAAUGCAUUAGACAGUGCUCCAUAAGGUCAAUACCAUAUGGCCAAUUUUUACCAAGAAAAGAAACUUUUAAGGAAGGUGAAGUGAUAACAGUUAAAUGUCAUCAAGGCUACAAUCUUCAAAAUAAUCAAGACAAAAUUACAUGCACCAAACAAGGCUGGUCUAUUGAUCCAUAUUGUAAAAAGAUAAAAACAUGUAACCUGAGAACUCUUUUUAAUAAUGGAUUUUUUUCUGAUUCAAAAGUACAAUACCCUGUCAAUACAAAUGCAAAUUAUCAAUGUAAAGAGGGAUAUGCAACAACAAAUGGAAAAAAAGAAGGAUUUUUCACCUGUGGACAAAAUGGAUGGUUGGGUCAACCAACAUGUAUUAAAAUUUGUAAUAUUCCACAAUUUGUAAAUGUCAAACAAAAAGGGAAUAAGACAUUUCUUAAACCUAAAGAAAGAUUAGAAUAUGAAUGCAUGGAUGGAUAUGACUUUGGAAAUGGGCAAACGACAGGUUUCAAAAUAUGUCAUGAUGAUGAAUGGCCUACAGUGGUUGAAUGUUAUGAAAAAGCAUGUAGACUCCCUAUUCUACAUGAAAUGGAACCUGAUCUCAAGAAAGAGAAAUAUAAAGUUGGAGAUGUAUUGACUUUUCGCUGUUUCCCUGGAUUUAAAAUAGCUGGACCAUCAUCUGUGCAGUGUUAUAAUUUUGGAUGGUCUCCCAGGCUUCCAACAUGUAAACAGGAAGUAAAGUGUUGUGAGCAACCACCAGAAAUUUUGAACGGCACAGCUAAGGACCCAAAGAAGAAAGAAUAUUGUUAUGAUGAUGUAGUAGAGUAUGAUUGUGACCUUGGAUUUGUAAGGAGAGGACCCAGGAAGAUACAAUGCAAUGAUGGAGAAUGGACAACCUCACCUACUUGCAUCGAGGAAAAAAGAAGAUGUGCAGAAGUGCCUGAACUUGUCCAUGGUUAUAUUCAGACUACUACUGAUCUGUCAUAUUCUCAUGGGUCUUUGGUGGAAUAUGGCUGUGUGGAGAAUUUUAUAAUGGUUGGAAAAAAGACAAGCACAUGUAUUCAUGGAAAUUGGACAGAGCCACCUACCUGCAUUGAAAAAAACAGACUUGGGAGAUGUGCAUCAAAAUUUUUUGAAGACUUUCAAGUCAACCUAAAAAAAGAAUUUAAUGAUAUUGUCAUUAAUUACAAAUGUAACUGGAAUUCAGAAUUCAAAAGUACAAAAUGUAUAAAUGGAAGAUGGUAUCCUCCACUAAGUUGUUCAACAAUGAAAUCUUGUGCACCUCCACCAAAAAUACCUAAUUCUCAGGAUAUGGAUAUAACAGUGAAUUAUAAGGAUGGUGAAAAAAUAAGUAUUAUUUGUAAAGAAAAUUACAUUCUUCAAGGACAAGAAGAGAUAAUAUGUGAAAAUGGACGUUGGAAUUCAUUACCCCGAUGCAUUGAAAAACUGCCAUGUUCUAAGCCACCUGCUAUAAAAUAUGGAGACAUUAAGCCAGUGACUACAUCAGAGCUAGAUAAGGACAAUCUGGAGCCUAGUACCUAUGCACAUGAUACUAGAGUAAGCUACAUUUGUCAGCAGGGUUUCAUAAUGAUUGGAGAAGAGGAGAUAAAAUGCAAUAUGGGAAAAUGGAGCUCACCUCCUCAUUGUAUUGGAAUUCCAUGUGGAAAACCACCUCAAAUACGUAAUGGUUUCAUUCCUAAAGUGUCAGAAAGUUAUGAAUUUGGAGAGGAAGUGACAUACACAUGUAAAGAAGGUUAUAACAUUGAUGGACUAGCAACUAUAACUUGUAGUGGAGGAACCUGGUCUAGCCCACCACAAUGUAAAGAUGUAAGAUGUUCACGCCCUCCCAGGUUUAAUAAUUCUGACAUGCUUGGUACUUCAAAAAGCUUUUAUAUGCCAGGAGAUAAAGUGGUUUAUCAUUGUCUAUCAAAUUUCCAGCCUAAAGGAUCAACUGAAGUAAUUUGUACAGGACCCAACUGGAAAGGGGAUCUACAGUGCAUAGAGGAAGUUGGAAAAUGUGGACCACCUCCAUCUAUUAAUAAUGGAGACAUUGCAACCUUCCCAUUAUCUGAAUAUGCACCAGAAUCAAGAGUGGAAUAUAGAUGUCAAAAAUUUUAUGUGCUACAGGGUUCCCAAUUUGUGACAUGCAAAAAAGGAAUAUGGACAGAUCCACCAAGAUGCUUUGAGGGAUGCACAGUAUCUGAAGAAAUAAUGAAGAGAAAUAAUAUACAACUUCGAUGGAAGAACACUGAAAAAAUCUAUUCAAGAACAGGACAAGAAACUGAAUUUUAUUGUAUUUGGGGAUACCGUAGGGCUGAGGGGUCACCUCCAUUCAGAGCAACAUGUGUGGAAGGAAAAAUCAAUUAUCCCAUAUGUGUAUAACAUAACCUUUCCAUAGAGGAAUUCAACUAUAGAAUAAGGAAGAAUGACAAUGUCAGCCAUCUCUUAUGACUAUUUGGAAAUGACAACCUUGGAAAAUGCUCAGUUUCAUGCUAUCUUAUUUAUCCACUUUCUAUUUGGUAAUAAAUGUUUCAGUUUAUGGAUAUUCACACAGUUGAUCCAUCAUUCAUUCAAUUUUCUUUUUACUCUAAAUGUUCACAUUUUAAACUGCACAAGCUAGGGUAUGAAACAAUUAAUAAAACAUCAAGAUG